CCCCUCUCUCUCUCUCUCUCUCUCUCUCUCUCUCUCUCUCGGCCUUCUUUUCCUAGCGGCGACGACAGGGCGAGGGGCGCCGCCCUUGGCCAGUUCUUCGUCGAGAGGUUCGCCGGCGACGAGCAUCCGACAGUCCUAUACUGGGUCCGCUCCUGAACUCAGGUGGGAUCCGGAGAAAUCUCGCGAUACUUUUCAGGAGCAUGUGAUCCUGAGCAACGGUGGGUACAGUCAGAUAUGUCUUCGGUUGGGAGCAGCAGUGGCACCAGGGCGGCGAAUGGUGCCGCUGCCAUCAGUGCUGCCGCGACGGCAGCAGGCUCGGCCGACGCCAGAUUCCACUCCCAACUACUGCAGCAGGACAGGCGGAGCAGAUGGGCUGGCUGCUUUUCGGGCCUAUCGUGUUUUGGAUUGCAGAAGGGCGGGAAAAGAAUAGUUCCUGGUUCUGAUGGGAAUGGAUCAACUGCUCGUGGGAAUGGUGUCCAAUCUGGUGCCAAUUCGAACCAAAAUGUGCCUCUGAAUUUAUCUCUUCUGGCUCCUCCAUCAUCACCAGCAUCCUUCUCAAACUCCACACUUCCUUCGACUGCUCAGUCACCAAAUUGCUUUCUCUCAGUAUCUGCAAACUCGCCUGGUGGUCCAACAUCUAACAUGUUUGCUAUUGGGCCAUAUGCUAAUGAACCUCAACUUGUCUCUCCACCUGUCUUAUCAACUUACACAACUGAGCCAUCCACAGCACCACUGACCCCACCACCUGAACUAGCUCAUGCAACUACUCCCUCGUCUCCAGAUGUUCCAUAUGCUCGAUUUCUUUCUUCUUCCAUGGACAUCAAAACUGCCAGCAAGGAGCAUAACAUGCCUUUCUUAUCAACAACCUAUUCUGGUGGUUCAGGACUCCAGGCAUCUUACCCGCUUUACCCUGAAAGCCCUUGUAGCAGCCUCAUAUCACCUGCUUCAGCAACUCCGAGGACUGGUCUCUCCUCACCUAUACCUGAGCAAGAGGUUCCGACUGCCCAUUGGAAGAUCUCUAGGUCAGCCUGCGACACACCAUAUUUCAGGGCUUCACCCAUUCCUGAGCAAGAAGCCACUGCACAGUGGAAGACAUCUAGAUCUGCCUGUGACACACCAUAUGCCAGGACCUCACCAGCCAAUAUUUUUGGGCUGGAUUCAUCUACCCCAAGAAAUUACAUGUUAGAUAGCAACUUCUUUCGGCCAGCAGCAUCUGCUCAAUUCUAUCUGGACCAGGCUCAGCAGACAUUUCCACAUAACGGCGGGAGAGUUAGUGUCUCCAGGGAGAAGCAAGAUGCUGAUGAAAUCGAAGCUUACAGAGCCUCGUUUGGGUUUAGUGCGGAUGAAAUCGUCCAAACUCAGUCUUAUGUGGAGAUACCAGAUGCACUUGACGAGUCAUUCAGCAUAUCACCAUUCGGAAACAUUGCUCCUGCUACUGAGAUGUGCGCAUUUAAUGAUCUGCCUAAUGGGGCUCAGAAGGUGGAUAAAUCAUUUGUCUAUGUGAAAGAUGGCACAAGUCCGAAGAAAUCAACAAACCAGCUUUCCAUUGAUUCUCCAAAUAAAGUGCUGCACUUGGACGCAUUCAAAGGAACAAAAGGUGGCCAUCAGUCCGAGGACGAGGGCAUUGCAAAAGAUAGCCAUCCUUUCAGAAAGGCAACGGAUGAAAUAUUGCUAAAACCCAUAGAAGUAAGGAAGAAAUCUCCUCCUGGCCAUUCGUGCUCAGAUGCAGAAAUUGAGUACAGAAGGGCAAGGAGUUUGAGGGAUGCCAAUGGCGUUUUAUCACGGCGCAGUGCAUUGGCAAGACAACUGCACUAAUAAAUCACUAGUAUGCAGGAUAAUUUAAUAGUUCGCGUAGCCUAGUGUGCAUCAAAUGUGAGCUGUUGUUAGAAGUAAUCUGUAGGCGAAGAGUAGCCUUUUGUCGUAUCUGGGGAUUAUAUUGCCAGAAUGUUCUCUGGAUAUGUGGGUGAGCCUGUACUCUGUUUGAACUCCAAGAUCCUCCUUUGUAGACACUCUAAUCGUCCGCAGGAGCAGUGAAAUGAAAGGGCGUUGGCACAUUA